UCUUUCCUUGUUACUGUGUCUCUGCCUCUUUUCAGCCUCGAAAAAGCGCCUCCGUCUCUUUUUUCGCUCUAGCGGCCUUUCCGCCUCAACUUCAGUCCUUGGUCUUUGAACCAGCGAACCGUGGUUCCUCGGAAACUGAACGACCAACUAACCAAAUGUUCGUUCGACGAGGAACCAAAACAGUUCGGGUUGCUAUCACAGACUGCUAAGUCAACUGGAAGUGGAAAGAAUCAUUACUCCAAGGAUUAGGUAAACUCGUGCUUUUGGACCAUAGAAAGACUGAAUCUGGCACAAUGAGUCUGUUUGCGCCGGUCUUGAUGCUGUUUAUCGCUUUGGUGGGUGUGGUGACCAAUUGCCUCUCAGUCUUGGUGUUUGUGCGACAGAAGUUUCGGCGAAACUUUCAUCGUCUUUUGAUUAUGUUGGCGGCUUACGAUCUUUUGGUGGUGAUCUUCUGCUCGAUGUUGUAUUGUUUGAAUUCCAUUUGGCCCGCCUAUAAGUCGCACUUUCCCUACAUUGCGCCUUAUCUUCUACCGAUGGUCCACAUUGCUCUCAUGUCCUCUGUUUAUUGCACAGUGGUCAUGAGUUGGGAACGAUACAUCCGGAUUGUGCUCAUCUCUAAUCUGGUCAAUUGUACCUAUUUGUCCAGGGGCAAAUUUCGAGCUUACCUGGCUACAAUCAUCAUCUUCCCCAUUCUGUUCUAUCUUCCAAAAUUCUAUGAGGUACGACCCGAAAUCUUUGAGGAUGAAAUCACGCACACCAUCAAUUGUUCCAAACGACAGCAUUUUGUUGACAACAAUUCCAUACGUUCUUAUGACGAUCUGUCCAUCUGUCUCCAUUAA